ACACACCACUUGACAUCAAUUUUAAGUCUCCCUCUAUAUGCGCUAAUGGAUGCGCGUGAUGAAGUUGUUUGCGCCCUAACAGAAGACGAUGAUUCAUUGAACUCUGCCGAUGAACAUUCAAAUUGCAUACUUCCAUCUCGGACCCUAAAAAUGGCCCUAGUGUGUCAUUUUUCAUUCCGCCUUGCCGCUAUUCUUAUAUAUGUGACGUGCUCAUGGUUUACUACGGCUUUUAUUGCACCCUUCAUUGUCAUUUUACUGUGUAUUUCAUUGGACUUUUGGCUCGUAAAAAAUGUAUCCGGAAGACUUUUGGUUGGGCUUCGAUGGUGGAAUCAGAUUGAUGCAAGUGGUAACUCAGCCUGGAUUUUUGAAUCUCGCAGAGCUUAA